AUGGCGAACAUCAAGGACACGGAGAACACGAACGCCAGGGGCAUGAAGGACAAGCAGGAGAGGGAGAACAUGCUCAUCCAAACUUUGCACGUUAUAUUUUCAGACUUACUACGUGAUACCGGACCACCGCCAGGCCAUGAACACGUUGGCGAGGAUGGCAUGGGGGGUGGCCCACCCCCUGGCUUCGGUCGAGGGCUGCAAGAUUUACUGAACCUCCUUACCCCAGGAAAUGCUGUGCAUGGUGAUGCAGUGUACUCUCAAGAAGCCUUAGACCGUAUCAUCACCCGGCUCAUGGAGGCCAAUCCCCAGUCCAAUGCGGCACCCCCAGCUACGGAUGAAGCCCUUCGGAACUUGGAGCGUAAGCCUGUCAACAAACAGAUGCUGGGCUCCGAAGCCACUCGCGCCCGGCACAAUACUCACGACCUCCUAGUCAGAGCCAGAGCCGCCUUAACGAAGUCCUGCGAAAUAUCUCGACACAGCGAGAAGAGAGAGACCGAGAACAUGGCCGCGACCGUGCCACAACAUCUGGGUAUAGUUAUGACACCUCUCGACUGCAGCGUCGCAGCUCUCAUUCCCCCACAAGUCCUCGCGCGCGAGCUCCUAGCGAGCAUGGCGCACGUAUGA